AUGGCAGCCGUGCAAGCAACACAACAGGCGCUCCAGCCCGCCAGCCAACCGAAAGGCACGAUGAAGCUGGAGAAUACAGAUAAACGGGACACGCUCAUAGCUUCGGAGAAGAAAUACCAAAAGGCGUGGGCGGACAGCAAGAUCUUCCAGCAGAAUGCUCCUACGCUGGAGGAUGUCCCGUUUCAUUCGAUAGGGAAUCGGGAGAUGCAUGACAAGUAUCCUAAGUAUAUGGCUACCAUGGCUUAUCCGUAUAUGAACGGGACCCUUCAUGCGGGUCAUUCCUUCACGGCGAGUAAGCUGGAGUUUGGUGUGGGUUGGGCCAGGAUGCAAGGGAAGCGGGCCUUGUAUCCUCAGGGGUAUCAUUGCACGGGGAUGCCGAUCAAAGCGUGUGCGGACAAGUUGGCUAGGGAGAUGGAGAUGUUUGGGGACGAGUUUGAGCGGUGUGAAGUCUUUCAGGUGCAGGAGGAGGAGGCGGGGAAGGAGAAUGGUGCACCGAACGGUGAGCCCGCGGUUCCUGCUCCUGUGCAAGAGACGACGAGAGAAGAUGUCACCAAGUUCGCCACGAAGAAGAGCAAAGCUGCUGCCAAGACGAAUGUGGCAUUGAAAUACCAGUUUCAAAUCAUGCUCGCCCUUGGGAUUCCCAUCCAGGAGAUUAAACUUUUCGCCAAACCCUCCCACUGGCUCGAACAUUUCCCUCCGCUCUGCCAGCGUGACCUCACGAACCUCGGCUGCCGUGUGGACUGGAGGAGGAGCUUUGUUACUACAGACGCGAACCCAUACUACGAUGCUUUUGUGCGGUGGCAGAUGAAUCGUCUAAAGGAGAUGGGCAAGAUCAAGUUCGGCAAGAGGUAUACCGUCUACUCACCCAAGGAUGGACAGGCGUGUAUGGACCAUGAUCGGAGUGCGGGAGAGGGGGUGGGGGUGCAGGAGUAUACAGCUCUUAAGCUACGUGUCAAAGAAUGGCCUGAAGCGGCGAAGAGCAAGAUCCAGGGCAAGGUACCGGAAGGGGCAAACGUCUACUUCGUCCCGGCCACCCUGAGACCGGAAACAAUGUACGGCCAAACCCACUGCUUCGUCGGCCCCAACAUCACCUACGGUAUCUACGAGGUCAAGAAGGGCCAAGAAUACUACUUCAUUUCCGAACGCGCAGCACGAAACAUGGCCUACCAAUCCAUCUUCCCCGAACCCUUCAAAUGGGGCCAAUGGACCAAAGUCGCCGAACUCCAGGGCUCAGACGUCAUCGGCACGCUCGUCCACGCUCCUCUUUCUGCGCAAAAGGAUGGAAUUAGGAUUUUGCCGAUGGAGUCUGUGAAGGCGUCCAAGGGUACGGGUGUCGUCACUUCAGUCCCAUCUGACUCGCCUGACGACUACGCGACGAUGAUGGAUUUGGUGAAGAAGGCGGAGUACUACAAGAUUAAGAAGGAAUGGGCUGACGUGGACAUUCUCCCUAUUAUUGAGACACCGUCCUACGGCAACCUGACGGCGAAGUUUCUCGUGGAGAAGAUGAAGAUCAUGAGUCCGAAGGACGCGAAACAGCUCGCCGAAGCAAAGGAUCUAGCGUACAAAGAGGGUUUCUACCAAGGGAAGAUGAUCUAUGGAAACUUCGCUGGUAAGUCGGUCGAAGAAGCGAAACCCCUGGUGCGACAACAAUUGAUCGAUGCCGGCGAUGCGUUCGCGUACGCUGAGCCUGAGGGCUUGGUCAUUUCCCGGUCAGGGGAUGAGUGUGUGGCGGGCCAUCUGGACCAAUGGUUCAUGAACUAUGGCACGCCGGAGCGGAGUGGCGACCAGAAAUGGCAGCCGUCUGUGUUGGAGCAUGUCAAGAACGAGAAGGGAGAGGGGUUGAACACUUUCUCCACCGAAGUCAAGAAUGCGUUUGUGCAGGUGCUGGAUUGGUUGGCGCAGUGGGCUUGCGCGAGGAGUUAUGGGUUGGGGACGAAGUUGCCGUGGGAUCAGAGUCAGCUCGUCGAGAGUCUGAGUGAUUCCACGGUUUAUAUGGCAUACUAUACUUUCGCGCAUAUGCUGCACAAGGACAUUUUCGGCAAGGAGCGCGGGAGUGCGAAUAUCGGAGCGGAGGAGAUGACGGAUGAAAUCUGGGACUAUCUUUUCUGCCGCACCGACUCCCUCCCAGAAAAGAUGGUGGGGAAGAAGGAGGCGUUGGAGAAGAUGAGGCGGGAGUUCGAGUACUGGUACCCUCUCGACGUACGAAUAAGCGGCAAAGAUCUGAUCCAGAACCAUCUGACGUUCUGCCUCUACAUCCACGUCGCGCUAUUCAAGCCCGAGUUCUGGCCCAAGGCUUUCCGGGUGAAUGGCCAUCUCAUGCUGAACGGGGAGAAGAUGUCGAAAUCCACGGGUAACUUCCUCACCCUCGCCGACGCAACGAGCAAGUUCGGCGCGGACGCCACGAGGAUCGCCAUGGCGGACGCCGGGGACGGGAUCGAGGAUGCGAAUUUCGAGGAGACGGUCGCGAAUGCGAACAUUUUGCGUAUGUUUGAGCUGCGGCAGUGGUGUGAGGGGAUGGUGCAUGAUGCGCGCUUGUUGCGAGAAGAGAAGGGGGAGACGUACGCGGAAGUGAAAGAGGGUGGGGAGAAGAUCAAGAAUCCGGAUUCCAUUCAACGGACGGGGGCGUUGAUGUUCUGGGAUGAAAUCUUCGAGAAUGAAUUGAAUGGGUUGGUGAAAGUGGCGGGGGAGGAGUAUGAAGCGACGAAUUAUAAGGGUGCGAUUAAAUAUGGUCUUUACGAUUUCAUUUCCGCCCGGGACUUCUACCGUGAAGCGACCAAAGCCGCGGGAGUGGGGAUGCACCACGCCUGCGUGAAAAGGUAUAUUGAGUUGCAAGCCCUCAUGGUAACGGUCGUGGCCCCGCACUGGGCGGAACAUGUCUGGGUGGAGGUGCUGGGGAAGAAGGAUACAGUCCAAAACGCCCGUUUCCCCAAGGUAGAGGCCACGAAGCCGGAGUUGGAUGCAGCGAGGGAGUAUGUGAGGACUACGAGCUCUAAUAUCACUUCUGCGGAGGGCGCGCAGUUGAAGAAGAUGGCGAAGGGGAAGGCGACGAGUUAUGAUCCUAAGAAGGAGAAACGGUUGUCGAUUUUCGCCGCGCGACGGUAUCCGGAGUGGCAGGACGGGGUGAUCGAUGUCGUGCGGAAGAAUUUCCAGGACAUGAAAUUGGAUGUUGCGGGCGUGUCGAAAGCGAUACCGAAGGCGGAGAGUAAGAGGGCUAUGCCGUUUGUGCAGACGCUUAAGAAGAGUUUGGAAAGUGGGGUUCCGGCUGAGGUGGUGUUUGAGCGGAAAAUGGCGUUUGAUGAGGUCGAGGUGCUGGGGCAGAUGGUGGCGGGGUUGAAGCAGAUGGUGCAGAAGUGUAUCGGGGUGGAGGUCGUGGUUGUGGAGGAGGGGGGGAAGAGGGGGAAGGUGGUUGUGGGGUUGGGAUUAGGGUUGGGUGAGGGAGGGGGGAAUGGGGUGAAGGAGGGGGAGGUGAGGGAGAAUUUGCCGCAGACGGCGGAGAAUGCUGUUCCCGGGCAGCCUACGUUCUUUUUCGAGAAUGUUUAG